CAAUCACUGUUCUUAUCCCCAUCCAAUCCGCAGGUUCGUCCUCAGUUCCGACCGGCACUGCGCCGUCCAGGUGGCCCCAGCUUUGCAACGACAACGAGCGCGACACCGACGACAACCGCACGCAACAAGAGCACGCGAAGAUCUGAGAGUGGCGAGACUUCGACGACCGACUCGACCCUCCUCCUGACGACGACGUCGUCGUCGUUGUCGACGGCAACCUCAGCGUCUCUAUUGUCACGCCGUAGAAGGCCAACAACAUACCUGAGCAAGCUGAACAGCGCCAACCGCCAGCGGCCGGCCGUACUCGGAGGAUCGUCGACGGUGGACGAAGCGGCAGGGGACGCCGCGGUUGUUAGCGGCAGCAGCAGGAGAACAGCUACUAGCACUACUACCCCUGCGAUUGAUGCUGACCAGCCGCCACCGCCGUCAAAAUCGACGAGGCCCAAAGUUGGAGUGCGUCGGAAAUUUGGACCCACCAGAACCGGUUCGGAGGGAGGUGAGAGGGGUGCGGCCGCAGCUACUACCACUACCACCACCACUGCCAAGUCGCCGGAUCUGGAAACCACGACUCGGACCAACCUCUUCAAGCGCCGGCCCGGUUUCCUCUCACCGAACCGCAUAACCACCCCAGCCCCACCGGUAACGACCUUCUCAUCUCCGGCCAGCAAAUUCUUCAAGAACCGUUCGAAGCCAUCUCCUGUUACGGAAUCUCCUGCCGUGGCAGCGGACGAUCAGAACCCUGCACUGUUGGACGGUGACGUCGAUCAGGAAAUCGAACCCAGCAUCCGGCAGAACAGCAAACUGGUCAACAACAAGAACCGCUACAAUCAAAUCGGUGAAGGCGAUCGCGAAGGCAGCCUAGAGGACGAUCUGGUCGGUGCGAUCACAACCAUUUCCCGUGCACCCCUUCCGUCCACUACCAGCCGUAACUUCCUGUUUCCAAAUGAAAGCCCCGAGGAAAAGAAUCAGCACAUGCAGAUGAUGAAGGUUUUGAACAUUGGUGAACUGCCGGCAAGCCACCAGCGAGCUUCGACCCACAAAUACAACAUCACGCACGAUUAUACACCAGCGCAAAGCUUUUCGGAACCUUUCAGUACAACCAGGCGAUCACAGAAACUGAUCCAGCGGCCACGAAUCUCCACUCAAUCGCAGUUCUACUACCAGCAGACCACCCCAAGCCUGUAUUAUAGCAGUUCCCCGGUCACGCUUAGUCCGCGAAAGGACACCCAGUGGAAGCGCAAACCCAGCUCAUACGAGAAGUCGUCCUAUGCGUCGGCGAAUCAUCGCAAGCAGAAGGACGACUUCGGCGGUCGCACCUAUCGGCCUGCGGUGGACUACGAUUACUACGACGACGGCGAGCAGCGAAUCAUCAGCAAGAGCAACUCUCAGGUCAAGGUGAUCAUGCACGGACCGGGAAUUAUCGAGUGCUUGGAUCAGGGUAACUUCCCUCAUCCGAUGUCAUGCAAGAAGUUCAUCUCCUGCGCCAAGAUGGAGAUCGGCGGAGUCAUCGGAUGGGAGUACACAUGUCCCAAGGGCUUGAGCUACGAUCCGGUCGGCGGAAUCUGCAACUGGUCCGCCGGGCUGGGUUGUAAGGAUUAGUUCCGAUUGACUGAACAUUAUUGUUUUCCUGUAGUGAUCUUCUUUGUACAGCCCUUAUGAUCGUCCUGAUUUUCUUCAAACUCUUUGAAAAAGGCACUUGUUACAUAAGUCAAAACAUAUGCUAUCAUUUCAUCUUCUCCAUAUUGGAUCGAUUGGUGGAUCGGUUUCGUAGAAUUACCCGUGAUUCCAUGAAACCAAUCCACCAGUGGUAUCCAAUGGAAACCAGCAUUAUUUUAAUUUAAAUACUGCCAUGAAAUCUGACUUCGACGAUGACCACGAUUUUUGCACGACCAACAACGUUAGCGCACACUAUUUUAUUUUUCAUGAAGCGUCUAAUGCUUGCUGAUGUAAUUCGUUAGUUUUAGUAAUUCGGUUUUCUUGAGUAGUUUUUAAGAAUUCCCAUUUUCCCCCCAAAUUAGUCGUAAGGAGCGGCAUUCGGGCCAUCGGGAACAGAUGGCCUAAUGCAGUUAGAUUAUAGAUCGAAAGAGAAAUAGAGAGAGAGAGAGAGCUUUUCCAGCGGAUAUGUUUUGAUCACCAUUUCAUCGUUAGAUUUUUAUUAGUGUAAAAUUUACCUUUUCUCACAAUGAAGAGAUUUUGAAGCGAUUCCGAGUAUUGACGCGAAGAAUGAAGUUGUGGCUCUCCGCAACUUACCGAGCAGAGGGACCUGUGUGCGUGACAGGUUCAAAUGUUAGCAUUUGUGAAUAAUUCCAUUCCGGACAAUGAUGAUAACAAUUAAAAAUGUUCUGAUGAUAAAA